UUGAGCACGAAUACAUUCGCAGUAUUUCGUCAGUUGCAAAGCCCGCAAAAGUUGUGACCUCCUCCAUCAUUGUCGGAUUGGGAAAACUCUUGCGUGCUGGUUGUGCUAGAAAACUAGUUUUCCUGUGAGUUUUAUUUUUAUUUAUUGGAAGUUGGAGCUCUCUGAUUGUCGUUUGUUUUCUCGUCAACCGUUUGUGUCAGUCAAUUUGAAAUUCGCCCUACACAACUAAGACUACCGAGUAAAGAAAAAGACGGACUGUUUUGUGUCGCGAGAAGAUAUAAAGAGUAAGAAGAACCAUUGGUAGGAGUCGGUUGCUGGUAUCCUUGGAAUUUGUUGGUAUCUAUUGGAAGCAGUUUGGAAUCCGGCCAUUCAUAAUGAGCUCUAUAAAACCAGAUGAUAAGUCGAGUGAUAUCCCGGAGAAAUUGUACGAUGCUACCACGAAACGAAACUACAAAAGAUUGCGAUUUUUCGGCAAGGGUGGUUUCGCAAAAUGUUACGAGAUUAUGGAUGUAGUUUCGGGCGAAGUGUACGCCGGGAAAAUUGUAUCCAAAAAGCUCAUGAUGAAACACAACCAGAAAGAGAAGAUGACUCAAGAAAUCACAAUUCAUCGUUCACUAAACCACAAAAAUAUUGUUGGUUUCCACAGUUUUUUCGAUGAUCCGUUGAAUAUUUAUAUUGUCUUGGAACUGUGCAAGAAACGAUCCAUGAUGGAGCUGCAUAAGCGUCGAAAAGUCAUAACCGACUACGAGUGCCGCUACUAUAUCCAUCAGGUGCUGACAGGAGUGAAAUAUUUGCACGAAAGGCAUAUCAUCCAUCGGGAUCUCAAGUUAGGUAAUCUGUUUCUGAACGACGAUUUACACGUUAAGAUAGGAGAUUUCGGACUGGCUACUAAGAUCGAAUAUGAAGGUGAACGCAAAAAGACGCUUUGCGGAACACCGAAUUACAUCGCUCCGGAAAUCCUUAAUAAAAAAGGUCAUAGCUAUGAGGUUGAUAUUUGGUCAAUCGGUUGCGUUAUGUAUACGUUGCUUGUCGGUCAGCCACCAUUCGAAACGAAAAGUCUGAAGGAUACCUACACUAAGAUCAGAAAAUGUGACUACCGUAUACCGGCGACAUUGCGAUCAAGUGCAGCCGAAAUGAUCUGCUCUAUGUUACAAUCAGAUCCUAUUAAGCGACCAAGCGUUGGACAACUCUUUGAUUACGACUUUAUCUCCAGUUGCCACAUUCCAGCAUCACUGCCAAUCUCUUGUUUAACGAUGGCUCCUCGAGCUGAUCAACUGGAAUCCACGGAUCGCACGGGUAGGAAACCACUUUCUGAAGUGAAUGAUGACACUCGAUUUGAAUCAUCAUUUCUUAAGAACAAUUUGCACGAUGCAAUCACGGCUUCUGGUACAAUAUCGCGGCACAACGAGGGUUACCGUACUGAUAUUGAUAACCUUUACAAACAGUUGAGUUCACUGAUUGCGUCGAAACCUCCUAAAUUGAUGGCCAAUUUGGACGAUGAAAAUACCGAUCCGGCCGUACAGCCACUGUUCUGGGUGUCGAAAUGGGUCGACUACAGUGACAAAUACGGCUUUGGUUAUCAGCUGUGCGACGAAGGGAUGGGAGUGAUGUUUAAUGACACCACUAAAUUGAUUAUGCUUGCCAAUGGACUCAACGUACAUUUCAUUGACAAGGAAGGAGUGGAAACGUACAUGGAUACACAUAACUAUCCUCCUCAAAUGGAGAAGAAAAUGAAACUUCUGUCCUAUUUUAAACGCUACAUGACAGAACACCUUGUCAAAGCCGGUGCCGGAGCUGUAAACAUUGAAAGUGAUCAAAUCUCUCGUAUUCCUCAUCUGCAUACUUGGUUCCGUACGAUGUGUGCGGUGGUAAUGCACUUGACCAAUGGCACUGUUCAGCUUAAUUUCUCCGAUCAUCAAAAAAUUAUCCUGUGUCCACUGAUGCGAGCUGUAACGUUGAUGGAUAAUAACAAGAACUUCCGAACAUACCGCUUUUCCACCAUCCAAGAACAAGGAUGCUCAAGCGAUCUGUACCAGAAAAUCAGAUACGCCCACGAGAAACUAAAGAAACUGUUGGAAAAGCUGACGUAGAUUACAACAGUUUUCCUGCGGUGACAUGAAGUUUGAUAGCUCAAUUUAGCAGCAACGUUUUCUCAACACGACAAUUAACCGGUGACGCAGUGCUUUGCGAUCAGUUUCUCUUUGGAAUUAUUUUUACGUCCUGUUUAGUAUGCUAUAAAGAUCUAGAUUUAUGUUAUUUUCCGCGUAAUAAACGAAUAAAUGUGUUGUAGGAACGCUGUUACCGGAAUAUCUGCCUUUCUUUGAAUUUUGCAGAGGGAUUCAUAUGACCGUAAUAUCGAAAAAGAAAAAAAGAAAUAUAUUCAGUAUUCCUAACAGUUGAAAACAUAGAUAGAACAAACUGUGCCUUCUUUCGUAACAGGGCUACGGCGUAUGAAGUUAUCCUUUAAGUCCGUUUUCCUUGUGGUGGAAAAUGAAAUCGGUCUAUACAAGCCUAGCUAUCUUAUCGAUCUGCUAAGCUCGUUUUAAAUCAUUACUCGUAACAGUACAAAUUUGUGCAGAGAAGCGGAUGAAACCAGUAAUACCUUGAACUUUGUCGAUUCCAUUUGUGAGGAGUAUGAUAGCGUUAAGUUAAGCGUUGUAGAUAAAUAAUCGAUUUUAAAAUAAA